UUUAACAUGAAAAUCAAUAUGUUCUUGUAUAUUAACAUGUGAGGAACUAUAUAAUUAGUUCUGAAAGCAAUUCAAUAAUUCAAGUUUUGAAAUAACAGCCCUUUUAUAAAUGGACCAUCUUCAUGGACUUAAUGACUCAAUAUUGUUGCAGGAGACGGAACUGAAGCAGACAUUUUCUGUACCAGAAAGUUCAGGGAGAUUCCGAUUUGGAGCUCUCAGAUGAUGAGAGAGAUGAGGCUUUCACACCUGGGAUAGAAGAGGGUCAAGAAGAAGGAGGAAAAGAUGCAGGAGGCUCCAUGAGCGCACAGAUACAGACAUAGGGACGAGCGGGAAAGACAUGUCCCUCUGUGGGCCAAGAGUAGCACGCAUGUCUUAUUGUUGUUUUUAUUUUAAGUGGAGCCAUGAAAAAUGAGAAUUGCCUCAGGAAUGCCAAGUGUGUUUCUAUGAGUACGGUCAAGUGGAGACCACAUCCAUAAAACUAGUCAAGAUGACCGUACAGCCCGUGCCGACUGGAGUCAAUGAGGUACUUUCCCAGUACAUUGACUACAGGUCUUUGAAGAUCUGGAAAGAUUCAACAAAAAACAAACUAGUUUUUUAUUGACCAAAUAAACAGCAAUGUUCAGAUCAAUUACUUAUGUUUUAAAUAAAGGUGAAUGUAUUCUUGUAUUAAUAUCACUCUAUAACCAUAAUACGUUACAUAGUCUAUCUGUUAAUUUUGGCUGUCUUUUCAAACAAAAAUGGUCCUGACGUCCUCUAAAGUGGACAUACUGUAACGUUUAAAAAUCAAAUUAAAUAAAAAAGAUUUUAAUUGCAAGAUGUUUUUUAACCCGAAAUAGGUAGGAAAUAAAGAAGAUUGGAGAAAAAAAACAAAAACAGUAAGACGUGCAUUGAAAAUAAUUACAACAUUUAGCUUGAGUUUAUCAUACCGUGUGUUGUGUAAAACCUGAAUCUGGAAAGUAAUUGUAAGCACAGCUAGCAAAAUGAAUAUAGUGAGGCAAAAAAAGGCAAUGCGAUAUCUGCCUUUGGAAUACAUAGGAGGUGGAAAAAGAAACAUGAAUUUAUAACUCUCAAGUGAAGUAUAAGUACCUCCAAAUGUAGCCUAAAUACAGUGGUUGGAUAACUUUAGCUACUUCGUUCACUUCCUACAACAGACUGAAUCCAUUGAAGCUCUUGUUCAUAUACAAUUACCAGGUCAUGUUUUGAAAAAGAAAUUAUAGGACAUUUUCUUUGAUAUUAGCUAAAUGUUCACAAAGGGAUAGCAUGAUGUCAUAGAAAGCCAAACUGAUCAGAAGAAACUGUUUAUAGAUUCAACCACUAGGUGGCGGUGUGCACCAACAUGUUGACGUCUAUAAACUGGCAGUGACGUGAUAAGGUUAUGCUGAUUAUCUCCAUGUAUUUUUCACCAAAAACCCUUGUUAAACCAGGGGAUGUAUCCUGCGCAUAUAUUACGCGGUGUGAACUGUUUGGAAUUUGGGAACGUAACUUUCUUUCUGGAGUCAUGCAUACAAAUAAAAACAAAGUGUGCAUCUUCUUUGUUUCUGGUCAGAUAGACUUGUGAACAACACUGCACUUAAAAGGCUCAUAAAUGUUGACGGAAUUGUAAAUCAGCAUGCACAUCAGUGCAACACCAAGUAUGCUACACCAACAAUUAAUCAUUGAAGAAACAUUAGUCAUGCUAUCUUUGUUUACUGCAUAACUUGGUUAACUUUAUUCAGCCAAUAAUAACAAAAAAAGUCUGGAUAGAUACAUCCACCCAUGGCUAUACCAUGUUUAGUGCAUCAUCGCAUGAGGCAACGUUGCCUUGGAAGCCGCCGAUGCCAGUAGAGAAGACCUACCUAAUUUUUAAACCCCACUUUGACAGAAAUGAGCUGCAGCCAAUGAGAGCCGGGUUUGAUAAAUGAUAAGCUAAUCAGAUCAGCCAGGGGGCGGGACUAACCCGAUCCUCGGGACGAGAGAAGGUAACUAAAAGAGUGUCAGAUAUGAGCCAGCCAACAGCUCUGGCACGUCUACUCUGAAAUAACUUCAAACGCAGGCAGGUGGUUUCAUGAAGGUUAAUGACGGAGCCUUUCACAAUAUUUUGUUUCGUGCAGGAAUAUUUCUCGGAACCCAGACAAAGGAAUUGAUAGAGUUGGAGCCCCUUUUUUUUGCCAUUUUUCAUUGCAGCAUAUGUUAUGGAAGGAGGAGCCUUGAACUGAAGGAGACCAAACCAGGCAGCUGGAUUUAACACAAACCUUGGAGUGAAUCUUGUCUUCUCACCUUGUUGAAAUGCCUUGACCGUGCCCCUGCCGUACCAUGGCAGGUUUAGUCUCCUCUGUGGGUUUGGUGGUGAUGCUCAAGGCUCUCAUGCAUGCCCAUGGCCAGCGUGCAGUGUUCCUAGGGAUGAUGGUGUUGGUAACAGUAAUCACAGCUGACUCACCUGUUGCAGAUGAGUCUCUCUUGGACUCCACACAACAUCCUAUGGGAUUUCUUGGACAUGUUCCAAGUUCAACAGGGUUCCAACCAUUGGCCUUACCAGCCUCACAUCACACUGCCUUUGAGAGCCCAGACUCACCUGGUACCCUGCCAUCCAUUUCUGAACCAAACCAUGAAGUUAGAACUGGUGGAGUGUCACGUUUUUCAUGGGGACGUGUUACUUCUGAGAAAUCCUUCACAGCAAGUGACCUCAUUGGAGAAGAACCACACCCUCUUUCCAGUCCCUCAUUAAGCCCCUCGGAACCCGUAUUGGGGUCUAGUUCGCAAUUUGAAUCACCAGCUAAACUCUCUUCGGACAGGAAGCUGGCCAGCACAAAGUCGGCCAAACAAUCCUCCUCUCUCGCUCAGCCUCAGUCGAAUAUAUCCACAGCGUCAUUAAGCCCCUCUGCUCUCACAAGGUCGACACCACGUCAGCUCGGUCUUAAUUCCAAGCAGAAAGAAACCUUCAGCAAGCAGCAGGAUGGUCCAUCAGAGCAAACACUGGAAAUCAUGACUUCAUUUCCUGCUCAGCCUCUCGAGCCCCUUAAACUGGCCUUCCCUGACUUUGUGGCAGACGAUAGUAAAAUACUGGAUGUGAACCAGCUGAGCCCCAGUAGUUCCCCCUUAGAGGAGAGCGGACCGACACGUGACAUUAACACGCUACCCAACCCAGAUGAGGUUCUGGCCCCCGGCUACAAUGUGCCUUUCAUCGCCCCACACCUUGCGUCUCCUUCAUCUGAACCCACUGAGAUCUCUCCGGAGGAAUUCUACCCCACCAACACCAUGGACUUCGACUGGGGGUCUGGGGACUACUUGGAGACGAUGUCAUACCUAAACGCAGAUGGGGAGGACUACGCUCUGGUCACCAAGGUGCCCGCUGACUCGUAUGAUCUAGAGGACUACACAGAAAGCUAUGACACAUCGUUUCCUUCAAGAGUCGGCAUAUUUCCUUCGUCCUUGAAUCCUCUUCACGUCUCACCAUCGUCCAGCUUCACGACAGCGUACCAUACCAUUGUCCCAUUUAAAUCCAUACAUCCUUCUUCUUCGUCAUCUACAAUUCAAGACACACUGGACCCUACUCCUUCCGCAAACAGCGAUAUACCCGACGCAUCGGACGUAUAUUGGGGCGAUACUUUCACGAUUCAACCGACAGAUGUCCUGUUGCCCGACAUGAACAGCUUGGAGUAUUACACCACUCAGUUGACCAAGGAGAACAGUUCAGACGCGGGAGCUGAACACAAAGGGAACGUUACCGUGGUUUCCAUCAGCCCUACAGAACUCACACCCAGAAGCAGCAUCACCAAUGAUACCAAAUUAACUGAGGAUGAGUUCUCUGGUGACCUGUCAGGAUUUGAGCCUCAAAAUGACUCAACCCCAGCACCAACCACAGAGCAGAGUCCUCAGCUGGUCAAUGCCUCUGAGCCGUUUCUAGAUCCUUCCAUAACCCCAAGCCACUUCUUUGAUCCCUCUUUGGUCUGGGGUGGCGAGUCUACCACCGUUUGGCCUGCACAAUCUCCAACUGUUGGCCUAACAGAAUCCAUGUUACCCAGUACAACGCCUCUGCUGCCAGAUGAUGUAAUGUCUCCCUCCUCUCUGACAGAUGUCCAUUGGUUUGUUACAGAGCCGUACCCAUCAGAAACCAUUAACACCAGUUUUGUCUUAACUGCAACUAUAGCCUUCUCCCCUGUUCCCACUGACCCUGCUGCCAACACUACAGAGGGUACAACAGAAUUAACUCCCCAAGACUCUCCUUUUACAACCGAACAAACUCUCAACAUCACGUUAGAGUCAACUGAACCCACACCCAAUUUCACUUUGGUCCCUUCAGUCCUGUUGGGGGAUCAGGGGGUGACUGAAAAUGGAGUUGACAUCACAGCCACAAUGACCUUGAUCUCAACUAGCAGUGAAGCUAAUACAGUUUCUGCUGCACCCACGACCCCAACUGCCACCAUUACUUCCCAUCAAGCCUCGACUGGAGAUCCUGCCACCACAGAAGCCUCAACCAGUGUCAACAUCCCUUCUGUCACCACAAAGGCCCCAACUACAACACCAACAUCUCGACAGUAUCUCUGCAACCUCGAGAGGCCUGCUUAUUUAGUUAAAAUUGGUUUCCCUUUCGGAGCCACAGUUGGAUAUGCCAAAUCUCAAGUGAGAGACAUACUGAAAGGGGAAUUCAACAAGUCUGUAGAGCUGCAGGUUGUGGACCCCCCACCAAAGUUUGUGUUUCGGGUGGUUUCUGGUCCUGUUGUGUACACAGCCAUAUCUGUCAUCAACGCUCUGCGAAGGUCUGGGCGCCGCUUCCUGUCUGUGUCUCCCAACUGGGCAACACCAGACAGUAAAUACCAAGUCCACACAGUGCUGCAGUUUGUUCCUGCUCCCAUAGAUGUGCGCUACUGCAACUUCAGCGAAAGCAUUGAGAAAGGCUUGACCAUGGCCUUUGCAGAAAUGCGGCGGCGCUCAAAGGAGUCAACCAACUUCACAGUGCACAUCAUAAACAUCACCAUGGCAGCUCCAAAAAAUCAGGAACAGCGGCUAGUGAGGCAGCCGGUGGACAUAACGUUCACUGUGCGCGUCUCCAGGGGUUACCUGAUGGGGUCAGAGGUCAGUAAUGCCCUGAUGAAGCUCACAAUGGUGGAAUUCAGCUAUUACAUGGGCUUUCCUGUACUGCAGAUUGCUGAGCCUUUCCAUUAUCCAGAGUUGAACACCAGCCACUUGCUUCGCUCCACCUGGGUUAGAACAGUGCUCAUUGGUGUGCUGGACCAGAAAGUGAGUGAGAGGACCUUCCAAGCCAACAUGGAGCGCCGGGUGGCCAUGCUCCUCGGAGAGGCAACGGGAUUAAUCAGACGCGUUAAGAGAGCCACCCUUAUAGGCAACAGCAGUGUCCAGGUUGUUAGUGCGAGCCGGCUGGUGGGUGCGGACCAUCCCUUGGAGAUAGUGUACUUUGUGGAGGGUCCCAGUGGUGAGAGGAUGCCUGCAGAUCAAACAGCGGCCCUGCUCAACAGCCUGGACGUUCAAAGGGCCGCCAUCGUCCUGGGAUAUCGCGUCCAGGGCAUUUUGGCACAGCCCAUGGAGAAGGUGGCAUCCUCCCCCUCCGACGCUGAGAACACCAACACGUGGAUCGUCAUUGGCGUGGUGAUUCCCCUCCUCGUGGUCAUCGUCAUCAUUUCCAUCCUGUAUUGGAAACUGUGUCGCACAGACAAGCUGGAGUUCCAGCCAGACGCCAUGACCUCCAUCCAGCAGAGGCAGAAGUUGCAAGCUCCCAGUGUGAAAGGCUUCGACUUUGCCAAGCUGCACCUUGGCCAGCAGAGUAAGGAUGAUGUCAUGGUGAUCCAGGAGGCGGUCCAGCCAGGGCCCGGCCCCGGACCCCUCCCCUUAUGCUUUAAAGAUGGCUUCAGUCCAUCUGAAAACGGGGAGAUCCCCACACCUUUAUCCAAAGCCUCCACCAAGGCGUCACGCAGCAGCAGAAGGCGAGAUAGGAUCUCUCCGUCUGACGGGGACUCGGUGGUAAGUGACCACUCCAGCGAGCGUGAAUCGACAGAGGAGAACCUGAGAGCGCACGCCACGCCCAGCGACAGAAAGCAGACGCAUAAGCUCCCCAUCAAUGUUUUAAAUGGUCCUCCUCCUAUGAAUUGCACAAACGAGCAGCUGUCCUCGGCCACCAUCUUUGAACACGUCGAUCGGAUGUCUCGCGCAGCAGAUGCAAGCAGAAGACUCCCCAACAAAAUCCAGCUCAUCGCCAUGCAGCCCAUGGCCCUCCCCCCACUGCGCAGCCCCCCCAUCAACGGCAAACUAUCCGACCCAAACCAAAUCAACAAAGAGAUCCAGGUGGCACUGAGGCACAAGUCCGAAAUUGAGCACCAUCGUAACAAGAUCCGUCUGCGUGCCAAGAGGAAGGGCCACUAUGACUUCCCUACCAUGGAUGAAUCCACGAAUGGCCACGGAGAUGCUAAGGACCAGGAUCGCAUCUAUCAGAAAGCUCAGACCCAGAUCGAUAAGAUCCUGGACCCUGAUGCCCAGACGCCCUCCUUCUUCAUGGACUCAAAGAGAAGUGGUCGAGGGAGGCGCUCGCCCAAACAGAGGAUGAAGGAGCAGCUGAUCGGAGGCAUGAUGGAGGCAGACAAAGACCACCUCAUCUCUGAAGACAAUGAUGCUGUGUACAGGAAGUGUCCUGGAGUCAACAAUGUGGCCUACAUAUCGGACCCUGACCAAGGCCCAGGCUCCCCUCACAGCAGCUCCUCCCCCACCGAUGACGUGUUCCUCGGCCCUGCUUGCUCUCCACCGGGCCAUGCCCCUCCCCCGCCCCCCUACAUGCCUCCACAGCCCUCCAUCGAGGAGGCGCGGCAGCAGAUGCACUCCCUGCUGGACGAUGCCUUCGCCCUGGUGUUGCCCACCUCUCAGGGCAGCACGGCAGGCAUCACUCUGCCCGGAGUCAACAGCAACCCCCCCCUCUCCAGCCCCCCAGGCAGGGGCCCCAGACCGUGGGGUCCGUCCUACCAAGCUCAUGGCCCUUUCCCUGGUAGGUUCACUGAUCUGUCCCCUCCUCCAAUCCAAGGCCUGAUAUCCAGGCAGGGCCUUGGCUCCAGCUACCUGCCACCAGGAGACACAGCAGGGCAGUGUGAGCCGCUCCCCCCCGACAGCCUGUACUCCAGCAGGGGCCUCUACGCCGCCGAGCUGCCCUCAUCUGCCAGACCCCGACCAGUGGGAGGGGGGUCCACAGGUACAGGCGCCCAGCUCCAUCAUCUUACACAGGUGGGAUUGUCCAGUCGGAUGAAUGGUUACCCAGCGGGGGUCAGGCCCGCUCCAGGACAGGACGGAGGCCUCGGCUGGAACCAUUACCAUGGCGACAAUUACUCCAGGGCAGAGCCUGAGAAAGAUUCAUUCCUGGACUGUCCUGACUACACGUCCUGCUCUAUCUUCCAGACGCCCAGAGGUGGUAUCAGGGAGCCCUCGGCGCCCCCUGCCCACCUGGACAUCUCGGGGACGGGCUACCUGUCAGCGCCCCUGGAUACAUCUCCUCCUAACCACUCCUCCGCCUCCCUGAUCAAGGCCAUCAGGGAGGAGCUGCUGCGCCUCUCCCAGAAGCAGGCCGCCGCGCCCAGCUACCACAGCUGAGCCUCUCGUCUGCAGCUCCACCAGUCAUGCCACUGACCCCCCCCCCUCCCAGCCUGCUCCGCCUCACCUGACAAUACUUCCCAUGGAAGUUCCCGAGGGUGUACAGCAGAGAGAUAGUCCUGCUAAACUGAAAUAGGGAUUUCUCACUGAAGAACUGAAUGACAGGAUUGUUGACACAGCUCCUAAAGAGAUAGGCCUACAGAAUCAGAUAAACUACAGUAUGUCAAAUCAGAGACAGUGUUAUGAAGUGAACAAUAUGCUGGAACUUUCAAAUGAGAUGGCGUGUGUGUCCUGCUCCUGAUCAUGUCGAGUCCUGGCCUCUGUGGAUCCACAUCCUGGACUUUGUUCAGAUGUUGCCUAAUUCCUUCUGUCACAGUUUCGUUCUCAUGCUGCCUUCACUAUACAGGAUAACCCUUAAGACAGUGGUUCCCAAACCUUUUUUCUAUCAUUGAGUAUUCUGACGACCCCUGACUAAGUGACAUAUAGUAUUUUGGACAUUUCAAGUUAUAUUAAUCACGCAUAAUAAUUACAGUAUGGAACAAUUGUACAAUUAGUUAAAAGUGAAAGCAAUAUCAGCAGGAAGUGAGUGUUGAACAAGUGUGAAUAUUGCCUCCGAGAUGAGUUUUCCUGCUGGUUUUAGGAAUGUUUAAUACAAUUCUCUGUAUUGUGUAUUUCUUGGAAUCAUGCAUACUUGGUUAGCUUCCUUUUUUUGGACAAAUUCAGUAUUUUCUUAGUCCCUGGUUGUUUUAACUGCCUAGUUUAUUCAUGAAUUACGCUGUUUAGCAGAGGAAGAGGAAAGGCACAUUUAACAAUAACAAUUAGAUUUAUUUUUGGCACAGAAAUGAAUGAAAAGCAGAGAUACAGGCCAACUGUAGUUGAAUUUAAAGUUGCUUUGUUAAGCUUUGGCGACCCCUAGUGGGGGACCCAUGCCCAAAGACACAGUGUCAUUUGAAGGAUUUCUUUCUUUUCUUAACCUACCAUACAGGUAUUUUGUUGUUUACCAAAUGUAGGUCCUUAACCUCUUUAUCACCAUCGUGUACUACUUCCUGAUUUCUGCCACAAUGAGCCAUUCUAUGCCUUGACACUGUGAUGUAGUUCAACUACUGUAUGAUCUACUGUAGGGUCAGAGAUCACAGCCAGUUCAGACAGGGCGCCUAUAGAGACUAAUGACACUCAGUAACACUAUGUCGUUUUUACAUACUUACUACAGUAGCACGAUAGCAGUAGAGUUAGUCUGAGGUGAUCUUUUUGGACUUACAGUACAUAACUAGUUUGUUGUGAACAGCUUUCAAUCAUGUUCCUUGCUUUUAUUUAUACUUAACAGCUACACAAACAUGGAAAGAAAUGGCGUUGAAUUUGGAGCUACAGGCACACGUGUAACACAUCAUGAAUAUAGACUUUCAGUAUGUAUCGACUGUUAGGGUGUAAUGAUGUAUUUGGUUGUAGUUGGAUGCACUGUAUGCAGACUACUGGGUACAGCUCAGGUUGUUCAAAUUGAGAUUUGCUUGCAGACAAAUCAGCGACGGAACACUUUGAAGAGUCACAUUGAAGAACUGUUAAUGAGGGACUUUCACAGAGACUUGUGGUGUGUUUUUACAUGAACCUGUUUUUACUAUUUACUGAACCACAUCUCUGGUUCAUGCAGUAUUUAACGUUUGCCUUUUUGUUAGCACAGGAAGUGUACUGUGUUUGUUUUCAUGUAUAGUUUACUUCAACCAGUCCUGUUUAUGUGCUCUUCAAAUUUCUUUGGAUUCUUUGACCUUGCCUCAUGCCAUUUUGUUCACCUCAAAUGUCUCUUAGUCAUCGUACUGGUUGGAAAUAGUUACGUUUUCUUUUUUUACAAAACCCUCCCCUGACAUGUUGUGAUGUUUUGGGGCUUGAAGUGAUAUUUUAUUUAAAUAAAAUGAUGGAAAUGAUGGAUUUUAAAA